AUGGGUGUGAAGAGCUGUUUAGCAUUGGAGAGCAAGCUUAUGGGUGCAGCAUUGAGGGAUGUUACUACCCCAGAUUAUUACACGCAGAAUGUGCAGCGAUUCCGAGAGAGAUACGCCAUCCAUUGCACCACCCUCAACACACACUCAUCCAAAAGCACGACGGGUCUUAUUAUUCGUGUGAUAUAUGUGGAUGGACUAUUUAUUGUCCACGUCAAGUGCGUUUUCAACAACCAGCCCCGCGUCACUCUAAACAUUAGGAAAGACAUGAUUCAUCUUCCAACAAAUGAGGUGGCAGAAGAACUAAUUACACCGUUUGUGAUGAGGCAAAGAGGAGGAGAAGGAGGAACAUUGAUACCACCCAUCAUUAUCCCUGCUGCUGCUGUUGAUGAGUUGAUGAAGGUGAAAUAUGAUUUCAUUCAUCACCAACAUCAACUCACUUUAGUCUCAUGUGGCGAUCGUAGCCAAGAAGAAGAAGAAGACGAGGAGAAUUAUGGAAAGAGAUCAGAAUUGAUAUGUGAUGGGUGCAUCAGUCCUGUAUCAUCAAACUACUAUAUGAGUUGCAGUGAAUGCAAAUACAAUCUUCACAUCGCCUGCUUUCACUUGCCUUACGUCCUGUGUCUUCCAACCCACCAGCAGGAACACACGCUAGUCCUCCAAUCUUCCGACAAACACCAACCUUGGACGUGGAAAAUUUGCAGUGUCUGUAGAUAUGCCACCAAUGGGCUGUUUUACACUUGUACAUGGUGCCGCGACGUCAUAUUUGAUAUCAAGUGUGCUUGUAUGCCGGAUACCAUCCAUCACGCAGCUCACCCACAACAUCUCCUCAAGCAUGUGAGCGAGUUGAAUCUACGCAGUGAUAUCAACCCUUGGAACGUGUCGUGUGCUGCUCGUUGUGGUGAAGACAUAUUCCUUUAUGAUUGUUACAGGUGCUGCAGCAGCUCGUGCGAUUUCAUCGUGCACGUUAAAUGCGCUGUGUUGCCGGCAUCGGUCACCAGCCGUAGAUGGGACAGACACCACCCGUUGCUGCUGACGUACGACGCCACUCUCAACCGUCCUGGCGAUUUCUACUGCGAUCAGUGCGAAACACAAAUGAAUCCCAGGAGUUGGAUGUAUCACUGCCGCAGUUGUGAUAUAUCCUUCCAUCCUAAAUGCUUUCUAACUACAUCUGGCAAGUAUAGAAACAUGAAGUUUGGGCAGGAAUAUGUGAUCAAUGACGCAAUUCAUCCACACCCUCUCACCUUUCAACUUCUCACCACAAAACGCCGCUGCGACAAUUGUGAUCGGGAUAAACAUGAAUGGGAAGGAUUUUAUUGUGCAUUAUGCAACUUCUUCAUUUGUGACUACCCCUGCGGGGCAAAAAUGAUCGCAAAAGGGGACAUGAUGACCGUCGAAUGAAUGAAUGGUGAUAGGGAUGUUGUCUACCU